AUCUUCGCCUCGACUCACGCGUCGGAGACGCGCCUGCGUUGCCUGCACUGGCAGUGGCCGCAAUUCACUUUCCCUCAAUCUAUCAAGUACAAUAGUCGCCAGCAUUGACUUUCAACGACUGGAAAUCCAUACAGGUCGCCGUCAUGGCGCCGCUGAAGCGCUCAGCGCCUUUCGAUGACGGAGACAGCAACGAUGACAGCGACAACAAUGUUGAGAGGAGCAGUCGAGUGGCCACCCCGGCCUCGAGAUCAUCUAAUAAAAGACGGCGAACUAGCGACGAAUCCUCCGUUCGCAGGGAUGCAUCGAGCGACAAUGAAGAACGCGCGAAUGCAAGCACCCCUCCUUCCGAGUUGGACUCAGACGAUGACGGGGAGGACGAAGAGGCAAUGCUUGCUGCCACACAAGCAGUCGAAGCGAGGAAACACUCCAACAGAACAAACAACAAUGAACCGGCGGCACACGGUAUUCUCGAGGAGGUGGAACUGGAAAACUUCAUGUGCCACAAGGGUAUGGUGUUCAAGCUGGGCCCUUUGAUCAACUUCAUCUGCGGCAAAAAUGGCAGUGGUAAAAGUGCCAUCUUGACGGCUAUCGUUCUGUGUCUUGGAGGGAAAGCGUCCGCGACGAAUCGGGGCGCAAAACUACAGAAUUUCAUAAAGGAGGGCGAGGACCAUGCCCGCAUCCUCUGCAAGAUCAAGAACCAGGGCGACCACGCAUACAUGCCGGAACUGUAUGGCAACACAAUCCAGGUCGAGAGGCACUUUUCGCGUUCGGGUGCCAGUGGGUUCAAGCUCAAGUCUGAGAAGGGACGCAUCAUUUCCACCCGGAAGUCUGACCUCGAGGAGAUAUGCGACCACAUGAUGCUGCAAAUUGAGAAUCCGAUGACCGUCCUGUCGCAAGAUCAAGCUCGUCAGUUCAUUGGCUCGUCUAGCCAAACGGAGAAAUACAAGUUCUUCAUGAAGGGCGUGCAGCUCGAGCAGCUCGAUCAAGAUUACCGGCUCAUCGAGGAACAACAAGAGAACAUUCGUGCCAAGAUCGAGGACAAGAUUCCAGACUUGGAGGAUCUGAAGAAAAAGUAUGAAAGGGCCAAGAACAAGCAGGAGCUAUCCCAAAAAUACGACAGUAUGUUGGAUAAGGCUCGUGAUCUCCGCCGCAUCAUGGCUUGGGCCCAAGUGGCCGAGCAAGAAAAUAUCAGAGAGUCUUACGCUGAGCUGGUACGCGAAGAAGAUGCCAAAAUAGCGCAGGCUGAAGCCAGACUUGAAGAACUCGACCAAAUCUUCCAGGAGUCUGACCGGGCCGCCACGGAAGCAAAGGAGGCGUAUGAUGCGGCCAGAGGGGUCGUUGAACAAAUGCAAGAGGAGAAGAAUGAAGCAAAGGCACGGCAGGAGGAAGUCAAGAGGGAGACUUCGGAGGCUGUGGCUGAACAGCGGUCAAUCCGUGCGGCGUUAAAGGAGGCCGAUCGGACAAUCCAGGCUAAGAAAGAAGCCAUUCGAGAAGAGGAACAACGGUUGGCCGAACUUCAUGGUGGUGGUGCUGCCCAGCGUAUAUCCGAUCUUGAAAGCGCGCGGAAUGCUUUAGAAGAAGCCAGGAGGUCUCACGCGGAGCACAAAUCACAGCGAGAAGGCUUACUAAAGGAUACUGUGACCAUGGCAAACGCUGUCCAAGAAGCAGAACAGGCAAAAAAUGCACAGCAACAAAGAGUCAGACAGCAGGAACAGAACCUCAGACAGUUGAUGGAGCACCGCAAUUCUCAGGACUUGUCAUUUCACCAGAACAUGCCCAAUCUGCUGAAAGCCUUGCAACAUGAGAGAGGAUUUCAAGAGCAACCCAUUGGGCCGCUAGGAAAACACGUGAGGUUGCUCAAACCGGAGUGGUCUUCCAUCCUUGAGAAAUCGUUCGGCAGCGGACUCAACUCAUUCAUUGUAUUCGGCAAGAGCGAUGAAAUCUUGCUGAGCAAUAUCAUGCGCCGAACGAAGUGUGUUCUUCCCAUCUUUAUCGCCAACCGCCAGCCUCUCAACAUCAGGGAACCAGACCCUCGCUUCGACACGGUUCUAAGAGUGCUGGAAAUUGACAAUGAGGCAGUCAAAAAGCAGCUUGUGAUAGCGAACGCUAUCGAACAAACUAUCUUGAUCCCUGACAUGUCUGAAGCAUCAGACGCGCUCUAUUCUAGCGGGCAGCCUUUGGAGAAUGUCAAGAGAUGCUACUGUUUCAGCCCGACUAGCCGGCUAAGAGGAGCAGCGUUGUCCUAUCGGAAUGGACAAGCCGCUCAAGAUCCGAUCCACGAGUUUCACGGUACCCCACGGAUGCGUACCGAUAUUGACGAAAGCAUACGUCGGCAAAAAGAGGCAGUGCAAGAGUCGAAGGACCAGUUGCGCAAUGCCGAAGAGGAAUGGCGCAGUGCUCGCAACCGACAUCAACAAUCGAACCAAGCUCUCGUCCGUCACGAUCGAAUGGACAGAGAAUUAAAGAUUGUGGUCCAGAAGGCAGAGGAUGCGGUCGAACGCUUGCAGGAUGCUGUCAUGGAAGACGAAGUGGAGAGCGGCAAAUUGGAGGUCCUACAUCAACAAUUAACGGAGGCAGAGGAACAGAAGACUGUGCAUGAAAGCUCCUAUGUCGACUCCGUUACCGGUCUUGAUAAGCUGAAAGCACGACUACGAGAGGCGACCGAGAAAUUGAAUGAACUCGACGAACGCAUCAGAGACGCGGAGGCCGCGGCUGCUCAGGCCCAGUCUGUCGCACAGAAGGCUGGCAAGAAGAGAGCAUUCGAUCUAGGAGAGAAGAACAAUCUCAUUGCCCAAAUCGAGGAUAGCAAACGAGACCGUGCUGAGUCCCAAGCCAAUGUGGCUAAGAUGGAUGAGAAGAUCGCCAACUUUUCCGAACAAGCUCGCGCAGUGUGUGAGCGGGUCAACGUCCCUGAAGGCGAAACCCACGAAAGCUUGCAGAAAAAGUACAAGCGAAUCCAAGCAGAUUACCACAAAUAUCACGAUCGAAUCGGCGACCGGGAACAGAUUGCGACAGAAGCUGCCAAAUGGUCCAAGGCUUACGAAAAUGCGAAGAAAGAAGUCAAAAGCCUGGAAAAUCUCCGCGACAAGCUUACCGAGACAAUGGUGCAGCGACGGUACCGAUGGAAACAGUUUCGAAAUUUCAUUUCGCAUCGGUCCAAGGCUUCCUUCAUGUAUAUGCUGAGCGAGAGAGGUUUCCGUGGAACACUGACCCUGGAUCAUAAACAAAAGUUGAUGGACAUUCGGGUCGAGCCCGAUAUCACCAGACGUGAUGGCACAGGACGCAGCGUGCGGACACUAUCUGGCGGUGAGAAGUCGUUCUCUCAGAUUUGCCUGCUUCUUGCGAUCUGGGAGGCGAUGGGAGCUCCUAUAAGAUGUCUGGAUGAAUUUGACGUGUUUAUGGACGCCGUGAACCGAACUACCAGCGUCAAUCUGUUGAUCGAGGGAGCGCGGCAGAGCAUUGGGGGUCAAUUCAUUCUCAUCAGUCCCGGCACCAAAUCUGACAUCAAAAGAGCGCCAGAUGUCCAUCCUAUCGAGGUCCCUGAACCAGAAAGGGGUCAGACGCGUCUUGCCUUUGCGCCGGCAUGACGGCAGAUCAGAGUCAUCCCCAACGAACGGCCAGCUGCAGCGAUAUCCGCUGCGGUAGUUCUUGACUAAACCUACGGCUUCACAUGCCAGUGCUUCGAGGCAGCAACGAGCAACGGCAAGAGACAGAGUUUGGUGUCGCGUUGUGUCACUGCGGAAUGCCAGAAUGAUCUGUCCGACUCAACACAGACAGCAAGUCAGAGUGGUUGGUCUGCCUCUUCUCUCUUGCACCACAGCAUACUUGCGAGGCUUGAUUUCAACAAGCGCGUACAAAAACUAGAAUGCUAGCUCACCGACAGCGGCAGCCGUCUGAGGACGGUUGGAUUUCACCGGGUUUGUGUAACGAUAUCUGUGCUUCGCCAGUCUCCGCGGGCUGUAAUCUUGCGAUUACCCUUCCAACCGUGCCGCAUGUGUGCGCAAAUAAUGGUGCGGUGACGGGCCUCAUCGGUUGUGGAAGAAACAUAGCCAAGAUCUGCGCUGGUCUUCCGUCCCGAUCUCGAGGAUUGACGCAUCAAGUUCAUGAUUCCUCAUGCACGCUGCCUUUUGUUGGGAACCGGCGAUACACCAGCAGCUUAAACGGACAGAUACAGCGGUAUGUGUCUCGCCAUGGCGGCUGAGUAGACUGUAGGCACGGACAAGCCAACUCAUUAUCAGCAGCAGCGACCCUGUUAAUAGAAAAGAGUUUCUCAGUUAGGAGGAAGGAAAACGUCUUCUUUGAUUGUCAAAUGUACGAGUAUCAAUAUGCGCUGAACUGUACGGACCUAUCCUCGAUUGAUGAUGCCGUCAUCCCAGAUAUCAUGCCAACACAACUUCAACCGGCAUUGGGGCAGCAGCACGAGCGAUAUGGGCAAUGGUCUGUCCGAAAAUGGCACAAUCACACUUCCCCGUGAACAACGCUGCGAUCGCCGGCCAAGCAAGACGAGAAACUGCGGUUGUGUCCCACGGUGUGUCAGGGGAAGGUACGGGAUGCUUCAUCUUACAGACUGACCACUCGCGGCUGACCACAUUCAGCUGUCCUUGCAAAGGCCCCAGAGGCCCAGGAGCGUGUCCCAGAAGCUGUGUGUGUCCCUGCAACUGAAGCAAAACGAGUACUUGUGACCUGAAGCAUCAUAAGAGAGUGGCAAAGGAGAUAUCUUCAUGGUUAUUGAAGGAGGCAAGGGGGUAUUCAUCGCGGUGCAAUAGGGCAGCCUGUCAAGAACCAGAUACUGUUCUUAGACAUGAGGAGAGAUGAACUUGCUCCUUUCGAGCCUGGCGGGGCUGUCCUGAUAACACCCCUUGAUGAGAAGAACGUCGAACAAGUUGGAAUACUCCGAGUCUGGGCUCGCUACAGCGGGAUACUGUAAAACCCCCACUGCGGUGGCACUGCACUGAUAUAGAGCCUAAAAUGGAAUAGUGUAGAUCUGG